CCUCGCAACCUAAUCACAGAAAAACUGAACAGAUGGAGACAGGAGGUGAUGGAGAGGACUGUGGAGGACCAGAACCAGACCGCAACUCGGGUCCAGCCAGUCCUCCAGAUACUGAUAAGAAAACUGGAGACUCUUCUGAGACUGAGGACAGUGGUGAUUGGAAUGAGACCAGAGAACCUCUGUCUGGUGAAGAGUUUGUCAGUGAUUCUAGAUGUAGAACAAGUGAGAAACCUUUGAUCUGUUCUGAAUGUAAGAAAACAUUUGGUUGCAUUCAGAAGCUGAGGAAACACAUGAUGACACACACAUCAGAGAAACCUUUCAGCUGCUUCGAAUGUGGUAAAUGUUUUGCUGAAAGCGGAAAGGUAAAGAUCCACAUGAGAUGUCACACAGGGGAGAAACCUUUCAGCUGCUCACAGUGUGGUAAAUGUUUCACCCAAAGGGGAACUCUAAAUGUACACAUGAGAUGUCACACAGGGGAGAAACCUUUCAGCUGCUCAGAUUGUGGUAAAGGUUUCACUACAAAUGGAGAUCUAAAGAGACACAUGAGAUGUCACACAGGAGAGAAACCUUUCAGCUGCUCAGAUUGUGGUAAAUGUUUCACUCAAAAGGAAUAUCUAAAAUUACACAUGAGAUGUCACACAGGAGAGAAACCUUUCAGUUGCUCAGAGUGUGGUAAAUGUUUCACCCUAAGGGGAAGUCUUAAGACACACAUGAUAAUUCACACAGGGGAGAAACCUUUUAGCUGCUCACAGUGUGGUAAAUGUUUCACCCUAAGGGGAAGUCUAAAAAUACACAUGAGAAGUCACACAGGGGAGAAACCUUUCAGCUGCUCAGAUUGUGGUAAAGGUUUCACUACAAAUGCAGCUCUAAAGACACACAUGCAAUGUCACACAGGACAGAAACCUUUCAGCUGCUCAGAUUGUGGUAAAUGUUUCACUAAAAGUAAUAAUCUAAAGAGACACAUGAGAUUGCACACAGGGGAGAAACCUUUCAGUUGCUCAGAUUGUGGUAAAUGUUUCGCUAAUCGAACAGAUGUGAAGAGACACAUGAGAUGUCAUACGCUGUGUAAAUCUAAAAGUCCACAUGAAAACUCAAAUGAGAAUCUCCUUUAACGUCUUUCCCUAAUUUACAUUACCGUUUCCCACGUGAGUUUUGAAUAUCCGUCGCAAAGCUAUAAUGACACAUAUUUGAAGCUACUCUUCAUGUUCACAAUUACAACCAACUAUCUAAGAAUUCCUCACAGGGAUUUAUUGGGACGACACUCUUUUAUUGGAACGACACUCUUGUUUGGUUUUUCCUAUGCUCCUGAGGGUUUUGGGUCAAAGGAUGUCACGUGUGAUAUACAAAAUGAAAUUAAUUUAAAUAUCUUCUGACAGAUGGUCAGAAGUUCAUAUUCCAAGAACAAAAUGUUCUUGUCAGUCACACACAAACUAUAAACUAUGCUAAGCUAUUAUUUCAUUGGAAAGGUGUAAUCUAAGGCAGUGAUUCUAAAGCAUCGGUCCGCGAGCACCACCUAGAGGGUUUUUACCCGUGGGCAGUUGAAAUAUUUCUACUCUGGGCAAAGAAUUAUUAUAACCGUCUUUACGGAGACAAGUAACAGAGAUAAGCCACGCCCCUUCCAGGCGCACAUAAAGUGGGACAUGAAUGAAACAAAAUAACUAGUUGGGUGAGUAAACAGUGGCGAAAAUCCCCUUGGCAUUUUAAGUGUGAAGGUAGCAUAACGC